AUGCGGUCAAUAACAAAUAUUUAUUUAUUAAAUUUGGCUAUAUCUGAUUUAAUGCUUUCCGUCAUUUGUAUGCCUCCAACCUUGGUCAGUUCGGUGAUUUAUUGUUGGAUGUUUGGUGAUCUAUUAUGUAAAUUAUUUGCUUACUUGCAACCGGUUGUUGUAACUGCAUCUGCUUAUACAUUAGCAGUAAUCGCAUUCGAACGAUAUUAUGCGAUAUGCCGGCCACUGCAUUCUCGUAUUUGGCAAACUCGUUCACAUGCAUAUGCUAUGAUAAUUUUAGUAUGGAUGAUAUCAAUAUUUGCCAAUUUCUUUAUGCUUUUCAUGUUUGAACUUCAAACGUAUAAUAUUAAUGGUUUAACUUGUGCACCACGAUUUCAGCCAAUCAUACAUUUCGGCUAUCAGGUAUGUCCGAAUCUUCCUUCGAUACGCUUAUCCACUCGGCAAUAA